UUUGUUAAAUCCAUAUGGUUGGUUACUUCUCAGCUUUGGUAUUUAUAAAGAAUGGUUUGGUUGAUAAUCUGAAGUACCUGAAAGAUUGGGAAAAGGGCGAUCCAUGUACAUCUAACUGGAUUGGAGUUAAUUGUUUCAACAAAGCUGGAGCCAAUGGCUACUUGCAUGUCAAGGAACUCCGUAUGAUGGCUAUGAAUCUUUCUGGAAAUUUAACACCUGUGAGUUGUUACACAUAUUACUGCAUUGUACAGAUAUUUUGAUAUUAAGAUAUAGUAGAGUUUUACUGAUUUUUCUAUCUGUUUUGCUUAUUAUUAUCUUUAUAAUUCUCU